AUGGCCCAGGAAUACAAACUUAAAGGGCUAGCCUCCCUUGCGGAUGUCGCGUCUUUUGACAAAAUCGAAUGCGAGGUCGAGGGUGUACCUGAGGGCAAGGUUCUUGUCGUGAAAUACGAUGGUCAAGUCCAUGCGCUCAGUCCAAAGUGUACUCACUAUGGAGCGCCGCUGAGGCUUGGCGUUGUUGUGCCGGAUGGCCGGAUUACAUGUCCCUGGCACGGCGCAUGCUUCAACAUCAGCACCGGUGACGUCGAAGAUGCACCUGCUCUGAAUGCGCUCCAGACAUUCGACGUCUUCGAGCGCGAUGGCGCCGUAUACAUCCGUGGCACAGAGGCAGACAUCAAAUUCGGACAGCGGAACCCCGUUAUCAAAUGCGUGGCCACCAACGCCGAGGAGAAGGUCGUGAUUGUCGGCGGUGGAAGCGGUACAAUUGGCGUCGUCCAGACCCUCCGCGAACUCAAAUACCCCGGCAGCAUCACAAUCAUCUCCAAAGAACCCGAAAUCGUCAUCGACCGUACAAAGCUUUCUAAAGCCCUAAUCGCCGACCCAGCCAAGAUCCUCUGGCGUCCGCGCGAAUGGUUCACCGAUGCUGGCAUCGACAUCGUCAACGACGAGGUCACCUCCGUCGACUUUUCCGGUAAAUCCGUCAAAACAGCCUCUGGCUCGACAAUCCCCUACACGAACCUCGUCCUGGCAACGGGUGGCCAGCCACGGACCCUGCCCCUGCCGGGAUUCCGUGAACUCUCAAACAUCUUCACCCUACGCUACGUAUCAGACGUCCAGGCCAUCCUAGCCGCAGCCAACGGCUCGAAGAAAAACAUCGUCGUCAUCGGCUCCUCCUUCAUCGGCAUGGAAGUCGGCAACGCACUAGCCAAAGAUCACACCGUUACAAUCGUAGGCAUGGAAUCCGCACCGAUGGAGCGCGUCCUCGGCGCACAAAUCGGCUCCACGCUCCAAAACAACCUCGAAAAGAACGGCGUCUCGUUCAAACUCUCCGCCGGCGUCGAAAAAGCAACUCCCUCCGAAACAAACAAUUCAUCCGUCGGCGCCGUCCAUCUAAAAGACGGCUCCGUCCUCCCAGCAGACCUCGUCGUCCUGGGCGUAGGCGUCCGCCCAGCAACAGAUUUCCUCCGCGAUAACUCCGCAGUCACCCUCCAAAAGGACGGCUCCAUCGAAACAGACGUCCACUUCGCCGUCCCGAAUCUCGACGGCGUCUUUGCCAUCGGUGAUAUCGCAACGUAUCCCUACAACGGACCCGGUGGCGAGGGUAAACCGGUUCGCAUCGAGCACUGGAAUGUUGCGCAGAAUAUGGGCCGCGGCGUUGCCCGUGCUAUUGUCCAUGCUAGACGCUCGCCGCUGGCGUCGUUGCCUGCUAAAUCGUUUGUCCCGAUUUUCUGGUCUGCGGUUGGUGCGCAGAUGCGGUAUUGUGGGAAUACGGUUCAUGGGUAUGAUGAUCUUGUUGUGAGGGGGCAGUUGGGGGAGGCGAAGUUUGUGGGGUAUUAUGUUAAGGGGGAGACUGUUGUUGCUGUUGUUACUAUGGGGAUGGAUCCGGUUAUGGUUAAGGCGGCGGAGUUGAUGAGGAGGGGUCAUAUGCCUGGGAAGAAGGCUAUUGUUGAUGGUAUUGAUUUGUUGAGUGUUGAUAUUUGA